AUGACAGAAAUCACCAGUUCCGACGGCCAGGGUGAGGGAUUGUAUGGUAUUGACAAUGCUUCCAACUCUCUUCCAGCACUUUCCGCCUGUGCUAGGGGUUUCACAUCCGAAACCUACGACUUCAUCAUUGUCGGCGGAGGAACGGCUGGUCUGGCUGUAGCUGCACGCUUGACUGAGGAUCCAAAUGUUGUCGUCGGGGUCCUUGAGGUUGGCAAAUCAAGACUUGACGAUCCUCUAGUAGACACUCCUGCUACUUUCCCACAUUUGUUGGGCAAUCCGGACUAUGAUCAUUGUUUCAAGUCUGUACCGCAGGCAGGUAAUCGUGGUAUCGUCCAUCAUUUGAGUAGAGGAAAAGCUCUUGGAGGCUCCAGCGCCAUCAACUACAUGUUAUAUGUUCGAGGCUCUGAUGCCGACUACGAUGACUGGGCAACACUCGUGGGAGAUCCUGCGUGGUCCUCCACAGCUCUCAGACCGUAUAUGCGCAAGCACGAGAAACUCGAAAAGAUCGAUGAAUCGAUCCUAGACCAGACCGAUUAUCCUCAUGUCGGCGAACAUCACGGUACAGAUGGUCCAGUCCACACCUCUUUCAACGACAGUACAUUCCCAAUCUGCGAUGUCACAAUCAGAGCCAUGGACGAAGUGGCUGGUCUUUCCAAGAAACCAACAGAUCCUUGGAGCGGUGAUCAUGUUGGCUUCUUUAACACACUUGGUGCUGUAGCUCGAUCUGGACCACACAAAGGUAAGAGAAGUUAUGCUGCUCGUGGCUACUUCCAAGCAAAUGCCUGUCGACCAAACCUCAAAGUGCUUUGUGAAGCGCAAGUGAACAAGAUUAUUCUGGAGAACGGUGUUGCCGCAGGAGUGGAGUUUGUCUUUGAUGGCAUGCAUGAAACUGUCUACGCCAAGAGAGAGGUCAUCCUGUGUGGCGGAGUGAUCAACUCACCACAAAUUCUGGAACUCUCUGGUGUUGGCGAUCCCGCAAUCCUCGAAAAAGCCGGCAUCGAGUGCAAGGUCAAACUCCCCAGUGUUGGCGAAAACCUCCAAGAUCAUGCUGUUGCUGUUCUUGGCCUGGAUCUCAAGCCUGGCAACAUGACCCUAGAUAUCCUGGGUGAUCCGGAUGUGAUGGGAGGAGCCAUGAAGGCCUACAUGGAACACCAAAAAGGACCUUUGACCUCGAUAGCCAGCACUCAAGGCUUCCUUCCUUACAAAUCUCACGUCUCUACUGACGAGCUGGAGAGCACUGUCAAGAGCAUCCGUGAGGUUCAGAACAAGCCUGACACCUCACCUUUCUACAAAAGACAGCUGGACCAAGUUAUUGCACAUCUUGAGAGCGACAAGUCGGCGAAUCUACAGUAUAUCAUGAUACCUUCUGGAGCAGAUUACGAAAAUGGUAUCACCACACAGAAGCUCUGGCCCCCACCGGACAACACUCGUGCUCACCGUAUGGUUCUUGCGCCGUGUCUGCAGUAUCCCGUUUCUCGAGGUUCAUGUCACAUCGAGAGUUCUGAUCCAUCCACACACCCUACCAUCGACCCCGGAUACUUGAAACAUCCCGCCGACGUCGCAGUCCUGGCAGCCGGCCUCCAUUUUGUCCACAAGACAACCAAGACCGAGCAUCUCGCCCCUCUAAUCCAAGAACGAUCCUAUCCACCCGCCUCCAGAAAUCUCGACAAUGCCGCCGACCGCGAAGAAGCAGUCAAAGAUUGGGUCAUGGGAGAAUACCAUCUCAUGGGUACUUGCGCAAUGGGAGAAGUCGUAGACAGCAGACUUCGAGUCAAGGGUGUUCAAGGAUUGAGGGUGGUGGAUGCAAGUGUGUUUCCCAACCACGUCAGCGGCAACAUUUGCAGCAGUGUGUACACUGUGGCAGAGAAGGCCGCUGAUCUCAUCAAGGAGGACUGGGCAACUGUGGAGGUGGAAGCCGGUAUGGCAAAGCUUUGA